AUGAAUUUAUCAAAUUCUCCAUGGUUGCAUAAUUUGAUUAUUGCAGCAGCUGAGGUAGGUCCAUCAGUUAAAUGCCCUACACCUUAUGAAGUUUCUGAUGUGUAUUUAGAAGCUGAAUAUAAAAGCAUGCAAGAAUGGAUAAGCAAGUUGAAAACUACAUGGAAGGAAAAAGGAGUAACAAUAAUGUGUGAUGGUUGGACAGAUAGUGUAAAUCAUACACAUAUUAUGAAUUUUCUAGUGUAUUGUAGCAAGGGAACAAUUUUCUUGAAAUCUAUUGAUGCUUCUAAUGUUGACAGUAGAAAUACUGAUUACUACUUUCAGUUAUUGGAUAAGGUUGUGGACGAAGUGGGAGAAGAAUUUGUAAUUCAAGUUGUUACAGAUAAUGAAAAAGCACUUAAAGCAGCUGGUCAAAAGUUGAUGGAAAAGAGACAACAUUUAUAUUGGACUGCAUGUGCAGCACAUUGUUUGGAUCUUUGUUUGGAGGAUAAGGGAAAAAAAAAGAAUGUGCAAAAGUUAUUAAGUGAUGCAAAAGUAGUAACAACUUUUAUCUACAAUCACACAUGGAUUGUAAAUCUCAUGAAAAAAUACACUGGAGGUAGAGAAAUUGUUCGUCCUGGUGUUACCCGAUUUGCAACACAAUUCUUACAACUUCAAGCAAUUGUGCAACAAAAGCAAGGCUUGAGGAACAUGUUCAACUCAGAAGAAUUUAGACGAUCUAAAUUUGGAAGAGACAAAAAUGGAUUGGCAUUUGAAGCAAGACAAAUUGUUAUUGGCAAUGAUUUUUGGAGCAAGGCUAAUGAUAUAUUGAAGGUAUUUGAGCCUUUAGUAAAAGUUUUGAGGCUAGUUGAUGGUGAUGAGAAACCAACAAUGGGUUUUAUAUAUGAGGCAAUUGAUCGAGCAAAACAAUCAAUUCAAAAAAGUUCUCGUUAUUAUUCUUAA